AUGCAGAGCCAAAUGCUUCAGUCGGUCGCACACCACAAGGUUCAACGGAACAUACAGAAGCAAGCUAGCACGCGCGCAGCAUUACUACGGGUGAUGGCGAGGCCAAGACGUUGGUAAAGCUAAGCGUGAGUCGCCAACUACAAGAACUUCGCCGUUAGAACUUCAUUACAGACUGGAAAAAAUGGUUCAUUAACAGGUCCCGAUACUUAAGUAUUUUAUUCCGUUUUGCUACGGAAGCAGUGAGCCUCCCAUUUACCGCAGCAUCCAGGAUGUGAGAGGGAGCAAAGGGGUCACAGACUGACAUCCCAGAUGAGGCACCUACCACUUACCUAGGGACAAAAUGUCUAGCUUUUUAUGGCAGUCGAAUAACUCCAAUUCAAUAGAAAUUUCAACAGACCUAUGGUAAAAGACUUUCUUACCAUCAUCAUCCGGUUUUUAUUUAUACAUUGUCAAAUAUGUCUUUCAGCGUGUGAUUUUUUAGUACCGAAGAAAGAAAAAAAUAUUUAAAAAAUUCUGUCCGUAAAUCUAUUCUAGCAUAUUAAGUUCAUUCCUAAAGCCCCCACCCCGUUGAUAAGUAAUAGUAAUCUUGGAUGAUUUUAUUAAAUUUCUUCAUGCGUUUGAUAUAAAUUGAAGGUGUUUCUGAAUUAAAUUAUGUUAGGGACUUUUAGCAUGUCACCGGUGUCAUUUUGACGAGGGAAACAUUGUUAUUGACACCGUCUACUUAAUAUCCUAAUGUUUUGUUCAGUGAAUUGAUUUAUAUUGUAUAAACUCUCUAGAAAAAUGUUUUUAACCAUAAUAGAUUGUAUUCACACACAUUUCUCAGUUUUUCAGAAUUCCUUGUGAAUUUAUAAUAUGGAAGACGUUGAUCACUUAGACACUUCAAAUACAGCAAUUUUAAAUGCUAUGGAUUCAGAUACAAGGACAUACAACAGUGAGAAAAUUUUACAUAGUGAAACAUUUACUAAACAAAGAUCGUUACACAAAAACAUUACUGAAUAUUGUUGUGAGAUUUGUAAGAAAAGAUUCUCUUUAGAACAGGAAGUCAUCAUACACAAAAAGAUACACAAUGAAAAAUCUUACCAAUGUGAAACGUGCAGAAAAUAUUUUGUCAAUAAGCGUUCUAUGACAAGACAUAAAGGUAUACAUACGGAAGAAAAUUCCUAUCCCUGUGAUAUAUGUGGCAAAUCAUUCUCUGUUAAGUCUAGUCUUGUAGUUCACAAACGUAGACACACUGGUGAACAACCAUUUCAUUGUGAAAUUUGUGGAAAAUCUUUUGUUGAUAAUAGUGAUUUAACAGGUCAUAAACGAAUUCACACUGGAGAAAAACCAUACCUAUGUGAAUUAUGUGGAAAAUCGUUUACCAAUAACAGCAAUUUACACAGACACGAACGGAUACACAUGGGGGAAAGAAAAUGUUCCUGUGAAAUAUGUGGAAAAUCUUUUGUCAGUAAUAGUGAUUUAAACAGACACAAAAGAACGCAUUCUGGAGAAAAACCAUAUCACUGUGAAAUAUGUGGAAAAUCAUUCACUAAUGAUUUUAAUGUUGUUACUCACAAACGUAGUCACACAGGAGAAAAAGCCUAUCAUUGCAAAAUAUGUGGAAAAUCUUUUGUCAACAGUAGUGAUUUAAACAGACACAAAAGCAUACACUCUGAGGAAAAACUUUUUGAUUGUGGAAUAUGUGGAAAAUCCUUUGUCAGUAUUGGUAAUUUAAACAGACACAAAAGUAUACACUUUGGGAAAAAAUCCUAUCCUUGUCAAAUAUGUGGAAAAUCUUUUGUCAAUAAUAGUGAUUUAAACAGACAUAAAAGCUUGCAUAGUGGAGAGAAACCAUAUCACUGUGAAAUUUGUGGAAAAUAUUUUGUGAGUGUGGGUGAUUUGAACAGGCACAAGAAAAUACACGCUAGAAAAAGCCUGUACCACUGUGGAAUAUGUGGAAAAUCUUACACUGAUAAUACAAGAUUUAUUAUCCACAAACUCAGUCACAGUAGAGAAAAGGCUUACUCUUGUGAAAUAUGUGAGAAAUCAUUUGUCACAUUUUACGAUAAAAAAAGACACAAACGAAUACACCUUACAGAAAAACCGUUUUGCUGCGAUAUAUGUGGGAAAUCUUUUAUUCAAAAUGCUCAUCUCGUUACCCACAAAUUUAGUCACACUGGUGAAAAACCUUAUCAUUGUGAAAUAUGCGGGAAAGCUUUUGCCAGUACUAGUCUUAUGAAAAGGCACAAAAGAGUACAUACUGGGGAAAAACCUUAUCCCUGUGAAAUCUGUGGAAAAUCAUUCUCUGUUAAGUCUAGUCUUGUAGUUCACAAACGUAGACACACUGGAGAACAACCAUUUCAUUGUGAAAUUUGCGGAAAAUCUUUUGUUGAUAACACUGAUUUAACAGGUCAUAAACGAAUUCACACUGGAGAAAAACCAUAUCCAUGUGAAUUAUGUGGAAAAUCGUUUACCAAUAACAGCAAUUUACACAGACAUGAACGAAUACACGUUGGAGAGAGAAAAUGUCCCUGUGAAAUAUGUGGAAAAUCUUUUGUCAGUAAUAGUGAUUUAAACAGACAUAAACGAACGCAUUCUGGAGAGAAACCAUAUUACUGUGAAAUAUGUGGAAAAUCAUUCACUAAUGAUUUUAAUGUUGUUACUCACAAACGUAGUCACACAGGAGAAAAAGCCUAUCAUUGCAAAAUAUGUGGAAAAUCUUUUGUCAGCAGUAGUGAUUUAAACAGACACAAAAGCAUACACUCUGGGAAAAACCCUUCUAAGUGUGAAAUAUGUGAGAAAUCCUUUGUCAGUAUUGGUAAUUUAAACAGACACAAAAGUAUACACUUUGGGAAAAAAUCCUAUCCUUGUCAAAUAUGUGGAAAAUCUUUUGUCAAUAGUAGUGAUUUAAACAGACAUAAAAGCAUGCAUUCUGGAGGGAAACCAUAUCACUGUGAAAUUUGUGGAAAAUAUUUUGUCAGUGAUAGUUUUUUACGCAGACAUAAAAGCAAACACAAUGGAAAAAUAGUGUUUCACUGUGAACUGUGUGGAAAAUUAUUUCUCACUAAUAGCAGUAGAAAAAGACACAAACUUAUGCACCUUACAAAAAGACCAUUUCAUUGUGAAACAUGUGGGAAAUCCUUUAUUCAGAAUUCUCAUCUUGCUAUCCACAAAUUUAGUCACACUGGUGAAAAACCUUAUCAUUGUGAAAUAUGCGGAAAAGCUUUUGCCAGUACUAGUCUUAUGAAAAGGCACAAAAGAGUACAUACUGGGGAAAAACCUUAUCCCUGUGAAAUCUGUGGAAAAUCAUUCUCUGUUAAGUCUAGUCUUGUAGUUCACAAACGUAGACACACUGGAGAACAACCAUUUCAAUGUGAAACCUGUGGAAAAUCUUUUGUUGAUAAUAGUGAUUUAACAGGUCAUAAACGAAUUCACACUGGAGAAAAACCAUAUCCAUGUGAAUUAUGUGGAAAAUCGUUUACCAAUAACAGCAAUUUACACAGACACGAACGAGUACACACGGGAGAAAGAAAAUGUCCCUGUGAAAUAUGUGGAAAAUCUUUUGUCAGUAAUAGUGAUUUAAACAGACACAAAAGAACACAUACUGGAGAAAAACCGUUUCACUGUGAAAUAUGUGGGAAAUAUUUUGUCGAUAAUAGUUAUUUAUCAAAACACAAAAAAAUACAUACUGGUGAAAAACCUUUCCACUGUGAAACCUGUGGAAAAUCAUUUAUAACUAGCAGCCUCUUAAAAAGGCACAAAAUUAUUCAUACGGGGGAAAACCCGUUUCAUUGUGAAAUCUGUGGGAAAUCAUUCAAUGUUAAUUCUCAUCUUAUAGUUCACAAACGUAGUCAUACUGGGGAGAAACCAUAUCAUUGUGAAAUCUGUGGCAAGUCGUUCGUCGAUAAGAGUAAUUUAACAAGACACAAAAUAAUACACAGUGGGGAAAGACCUUUUCAUUGUGAAAUCUGUGGUAAAUCAUUCUCUGAUAAUUCUAAUCUUGUCGUUCACAAACGUAGACACACUGGACAAAAGCCGUAUCAUUGUGAAAUGUGUGGGAAAUCUUUUCUCACCAAGAGUCACUUAAAAAGACACAAACAAAUGCAAACUAGAGGGAAGUCUUUUAUUUGUGAAGCAUAAAAAUUGCUUUGUUGCAUAUCGGAACUAAUACUAUACUAACAAGUACGCUUAGAAAAACAUUUAGCAUGAUGAAAUAUUUUGUGACUUCUCAUAUUAUAGUCUAGAAAUGUGUUCUUGUUUGAGAAACAUUUCAUUAAAAAUAUUUGUGAAUUACAAACUUGUUGACAAAUGAGUACACAAACAAAAAUCUGUACUAAUGUGUGAAAUAUACGGAAAUUCAUUCAGUGGUAACCGACCAUAACACUUCUAAUUCACAGGUGACUACAGACUAAAGAAAACAAGUGUGAAAUAUGGGAAACAUUUUGUGUUCGUGUGUAUACCACAAAUAGACGCCAGAAAAAGAUCUAUUCGUAGUUUUAUACAGAGGUUCAAUCUGGUAUUGUGACUGGAAAAACACUUCUCAGGUGUGAAAUUUGUGGUAAAUUUUCUCUUUUAAAAGCCAUGUUAAAUAUAUAUAGGAGGAAAUUGAGAUGAUUUAUCGAAAACAUUGUUUGUAAACAGACAUAUAAAACAAAACAAGAAAAUACUGGGGAAUUCAUGUAAAAUCUUUUUAGUGACAUUUGUUAAAAAUUAUAUUUGUGUGUAAAUUAAAAUCUUAUAAUAUUUAUUGGAUAUUAUUUUGGGGGGCGGGGGCAGUUAAAUAUUAUUUUACAGAAUCGAUUACUACAGAAAACACUACGAGAAACUAGUGUUUAAUAAAACUGCUUCCAUACUUAACUUAUACGAGCCUAAAAAUAGUGGGUCUAGUAACUUAUACACCUGAGACAGUUGAGACAUUUAAGUAGCUUGGUUUUAGUGAUAAUGCUCAUAUAACUUCACUAGUAAAAUUCUGCAGGCCAAUGGACAUUUUGAUAUUUUUUAGUCAUUUGUUCAAUGAUAUUAUCUAUGCUUACAUAGUGGCCGCCUAGCAACGUUUAUUUAUUCCUGCUGUUAAGACCAAUUCCAUUCUUGCCAUUAUGAAUUAUUUUGAAUAACUAUUGCCAGAAGUACAAUAUUACAGGCAAAGAUUAAAUGAAUGACUACCCUUAUACCUUAUAAAAAGAUCAAUCCCUUAUCCUUAGCUAUAAUAGUCACUGACUUGCCAUAGUUGAUAAGAUGGGUUUAGACCUGUUGUACUGUUAUUACAGGCAAAGAUU